GAUUUAUGCUGAGCACCCACCACAGGCUUCUCAGAAUGAGAGAGCAUACUGGAUGCAAAAGCCUGAGGAAGGUGGCAUGUGCAAGAAGAAAGAAGUUCGAUGGAAUCCAAAUGAAGCAAAUCCCGGUUCUUCUCAAGAAAACCGGUCGUAUCAUAUGCGUGUUAAGAUAAUAUUUAUGAACAGCGUUCCCAACAGUUUGCGAGGAACUGAUAAAGCAGUCGGCCAAAUUAGUGCUGCAAUUUUAAGGUUUUCAUAUGUUGCACCAGGGUUUUAUUUCCGAAAGGAGAAAAAAUUAGUGUGCAGCUUAAAUGUAAAAGCUUCCCCUCGUUCUCCUUGGAAACAAGGAUUAGAUUUUAGAUGUUGCCUAAGCUUAUCAGCUAAGCUCAAGUCAGUGCCAUUUGGAAAGGUUGAUUCCUCAUCUAGCAAGGAUUGUAACCCUAACGGCUUCUGCACAAGAUAUAAG